CUCGCACGCUUAAACACGUUGAAGUACCGUGGCCGUGAUGUUCCUACAGCUGCAGACUUGUUCCCUGGUGGAAGCCGCAGGAUGAUAACGAACAUGCUGUACCAACCCAAAUAAACGAAUGUCCAGAGCGCCCGGACCAGUGCGUGUGAUUGCAAAGUAGUUGAAUGGAGAAUGUUUGGACUUUUUGGUUGUUUUAUAAAAUGAAAAGUCACUGAGUGGGCCCCACAUCUGCAGAACGAGUUCCAUGCCUGGUGAGUGUGGCAGCGGAGAGGUGCAACGUGUGUUUGAGAACGAGAGAUUUGGAGUUUGAUGGCCAUUAAAGUGGUGGGAAGGACAGACUACAUGGCUCAGGAAAAGAAGAAAGGAGGGGUCCUUCCUCCGGAUGGAGGGUGGGGAUGGAUGAUUGUGGCUGGCUGCUUUGUGGUAACUGUUUGCACACGAGCUGUAACAAGAUGCAUCUCCAUAUUCUUUGUCGAGUUUCAGAUGCAUUUUGCGAAAGACUACUCUGGGACAGCAUGGAUUCAUUCAUUAGUGGACUGCACAACCAUGCUCUGUGCUCCACUUGGAAGUCUGAUCGGGAAUCAGUUGUCGUGCCGUAUAGCUGUAAUACUAGGAGGAUUCCUGGCCUCCGUAGGACUAGUACUCAGCUCCUUUGCCACCAGUCUAGAAUAUCUUUACGCUACAUUGGGACUGUUAACUGGGCUUGGCUUCGCUCUUUGCUACACUCCAGCUAUUGCCAUGGUCGGUAUCUAUUUCUGUGAGAGGAAAGCUUUGGCUUAUGGCAUUGCCAUGUCUGGAAGUGGCAUUGGGACCUUCAUCCUGGCCCCAGUAGUGCAGCUGCUAAUCGAACACUACUCAUGGCGAGGGGCCCUACUUAUUUUAGGGGGGUUUGUGUUGAACCUGUGUGUGUGUGGAGCUCUGUUACGGCCUAUCAUUCUAAAAGAAGAGGAAGCCUGUCCUCUUCCAGUGGACUCAGAGUGCGGGUACAGUGUUAAGCCUCCAACACUGAAUGGUGGUCCUACAAGGAGUGCUGCAAGUGAUGCUAAACAACGGUGCUUUCAGUCCAUGCAGGAAUACCACUUCCUGCUCAUGCCUGACUUCCUGGUACUUGCAGGCUCCUUCCUGCUGCUGGCCAGUGGGUGUAGCCUGCCGUUUGUGUACCUAGUUCCAUAUGCGCUGGAUGUUGGUGUCGGUCAUCAACAUGCUGCCUUCCUCAUGUCCAUACUAGGCGUUAUUGACAUUGUUGGCAACAUCACAUUUGGCUGGCUCACUGACAGGAGGUGUCUAAAAAAGUACAGGAAUAUAUGCUACAUGUUUGCUGUGGGAAUGGAGGGACUGUGUUGUCUUUUUAUCCCGCUCUUACGCACAUUUGUUUGGCUGGUACCCUUCUCUGUGCUUUAUGGGUACUUUGAUGGAGCCUAUGUUGCCCUUAUUCCCGUGGUAACAUCAGAUGUUGUAGGGAGACAAUACCUCUCUUCAGCUCUCGGGGUUGUGUACUUUCUCCAUGCUGUUCCCUAUCUAGUCAGCCCACCCAUUGGAGGCUGGCUGGUAGACACCACAGGGACUUACACGGCAACAUUUUUUCUGAGCGGUUUUGCCCUCAUCUCCAGCUCUCUCCUGCUCUUUUCAGUCGCCAUCAUUCGCUAUUGCCAGAGAAACCAAAAGAAGAACAGCCUGAGCAAAAUCCCAAAACUGGUAUCAUGUGAAGGCAAACAAGUGGACUAUUAUCCUCCUAAAAAUAAAGACUUGAUGUUAAUUAUACCAGCCACUUCAUAGCAUUUGGAUAGUUUUUUUAAGUCUAGUUUUAAAGAUAUGUAUGAAAUAUUGUUAGUAUAUAUGUAGAGUCAGUAAUAAGUCCUGUUUAAUUGUUCAUAGAACUGUGUGUAUAGAACAUACUAUACUAUAUACUACCACUGUAUAUAGUAGAGUGUGUACACUCGCGUGCCUUUCUGCUCAAAAGCAUUGUAUUCCAUCUACAUUUUCAAGCUGUUGUUGACAACAAGAAGUGCAUUUAUUGUAUUGUAUUCAGGUUUUAUAUAAUAAUGCACAGGUACUAAGACUUCUUUAUGUACAUUGUUUAUCUUUCUGUGGAAUAUAGCAUUCCAGAUAUUGGUCAUUUUAACUAAGGUUUUAUGUUGUUGUAUGUCAUUUUUUUGUCAGUAGAGGGCAGUGCUGUUUUGUUACGGGGUUUGUUCCAGUAUGACUUCUGUUAAGAGUUUACUGACCAACAGUUUUUCAGUAAUAUUUUGGCUGUUUAUAUUGGUAUGGGUAUAAAACAAGCAGAUGAGUCAAUAAUAUGAACAAUAUUGAUGAUGAUGAAA